GCCGCGUCUAUCACUCACACAAAUACGCUUACGUAGCGCGCAACGCUGUCGGAAAGCAAUGAAAAAUAAAAGUUUUGAAAGUCGGCUCAGUAGAGACUACGAUCGCGUCAGAACAGUCGCGUCGAACGAUCACACGAUAAUCGAAAGAAAAGUGCCUAACAAAUUACGAAAUUAAGGAAUGUGCCUUCAGUGAUAGUGAUUACAAAGUGUUAAUUGAAUUAAAUUCAGUGUAUUGCUAGUGAUUUUUAUUGUGAUAAAACAUCAUGGAGUUAAGAAGAUUAGCGUUUCUGUUCUUCGUCGUCGGGUUGGCUUCGCAAUGUACAGGCCACACAGUACAGCGUAGAGAUGCUGAUGAGGAUGUCAACUACGACGACCCGCAGAUGGCAGCCGACGAGGCAUCCGACUACGACACCCAAAAUACAGAAAAUGAUGAGCCCGAGGUAGGAGGAGUCCACGCGGUGAUAUUGACUCAGCCCACUUCAUACAACGUGACGAUUGGCAGGACCCUGAGGCUCGAGUGCAAUGUGGAACCUGACAGUGCAGUGGUACAGUGGUACAAGAACAACGUCUCAUAUUUCCUUGGAAACAUGAAGACAAACCCUGAAGCUGUCAGAUUUAGCGUAUCAUCAAAGGACCUAAUUAUCAAAGACGUGGAGAAAGACGACAUCGGCGAAUAUCGGUGUGAAUUAGUCGCUGGCAACCCUGUGUCCAUCACUCACCACGUGGUGGUGUGGGAGAAGCCUAGUAUUCAGAAGCUAUCAGCAACGAACGGUGGCUCGGUGGUGGAAGGCGCUGAUUUACUCCUCACUUGCGACGUGUCUGGUCUCCCGCCACCACAAAUCGUCUGGUCCAGGGAAAUUGAUAAUGGAAACCAACGCCUCAAGGAGACUGAUGGAGAAUUCUCCGCCAAUUCCGUCUUCAUCAGGAAUGUGAGGAAAGAUCAUGCUGGGAAGUAUUACUGCUACAUCUUCAACAACCUGGGCAGUAGCCAGGCGGAGAUCAAUGUUAAUGUAGCUGUAAAACCCCGCGUCCAUGUGCACAAGACAAUUGUCAACUCAGCGGUUAAUGUAGAAGCCGUGCUUCAAUGCUCCGCUCACGACGAACCCAACCCCCACAUGCGCUGGUACAAGGACGGCAGGCUGAUCGAGGACUCGUCCAGUCAGUACGCAGUGUCGACCAGUGGCCCCCAGUCGAACCUCACCGUCACACCCAGGGCUGACCAGGACUUCGGCACUUUCACUUGCGAGGCGGAGAACCAGCACGGCAAACACAACAGGUCGAUAGAGCUGGUGCAGAGCCCGGUGCUGGAAGACCUGGAGGUUGCUGGACCCAAGCUGUCCUGGACCGUGCACUCCCACCAGCCGCUGGAGAACAUUGAGAUUCAACUCCGGGAUGUCGAGAAGAAUGGAGACUGGACCCGCGUCGACGUACCGCUGCCUAAAAACAAAAGCCACAAAUACGACAUCAUCCACGAACUAUCCAACAUCGAACCUGGAAAAUACGAAGCCAUCGUCAAGGUCAAGAACAGCAAUAGUUGGAGGUCUACUGAGCCCGUAAACCUCGAAAUUGUUUUAGAGGCUCAGCCGUACAUCCACACCGCAUCAGUUUUAGGAGGCGACGCGCAUUCCAUCCGAUCAUCGACUAUCUUAGCAUCGAUCGCCUCUUACCUGCUUGUUCGAAUGCUUUAAAGACACAUUAGCCUAACUUAUUUAUUGUUAGAAUCUAUAAAGUAUUCGUGUUUAUAAGAAGAUAUGUAAUUUCUGUGCUGAUUUCUACGAAUUACUUCCCAAAUCAAGCUUUUGAUGUUGACAUUGUGUAGAAAUGUAUUUUUUUAUUUAUUUUUCCGUUUUUCAAGUAAUAUUCAAGCGGCCUCAUUUAUUUGCCGCAUAGCGUUUUUAAUCAAUGUUUUUUCUAAACUUAUUCAAAGUACAAAUAUCCAUUUUUGAUACCGUUUCCAUUUUUUUUUUUUUCAUUAAAAUAUUGUACAGAAUUUUAAAUAAGGGGUAUAUUUUUUAUUUAGUUAAGUAAGAAAAAACGAUUGGUACGCAAAGAUACUUAAAAUUAAUCGUAAAAUUAGUACGAAAUAAUUUUAGAUUUUUUUUUUAUCAAAAUGCAUUUCGGUUAACAGCUUUUAUUUUCUUCUAGCAGCUUGUUUUGGACAGCUUAGUGUAACAGCAACUAUGUAAAUAUUAUGAUUUAAAUAUUUUUUGACAUUUUUGAGACCGACAUUUCUAUCGAGCAAAAUAAGAUUACAUAACCUAAAAUAUGUUUUUAUGUAAAAAUAGGCGGGAAAAAUCAUCUAUUUGUUGCAACAUCGGUCUCGAAUCUGUCAAUUUAUACAGUGAAAUUAGUUAUUAAUAAACUUAAUAUUUUCAUGUUAAAUUAAUUAUAAUAUAAUUGAUUUUACAAUUCGCUUAUAGCUGUGUUUACAUGUACUAUUAAAUUUAGCAACUUUUCCAAAGUAUUUUGACGUUGUCAAAGUGACAAUGAUUUGAUGGCGAAAUAUUUUUGACAUACGUCACCUUGACAGUCGCGAGUUUUUUUACAGUCAUCCAUAGAUUAAAAAAGAUUUAUGUUAUAAUUAUAUUUUUUUAGGUUUCCGACUAUCCAAUUUUAACUUAAACACAAUCUCUUUACGUAGAUAUUUCUCAUUUAGUUUUAAUAAUAGGUAAUUAUUACCAAAGUGUAAUUAAGAUCACAUUAUUUUAGUUUGAUAACAGUAAUUUACUUAUUAGCUUAAACUGCGUUAAAUGGAAUUCACAUAAACUAUAAGAAACAUGAAAAAAAAAUACCUACAGUCGAAUUGAAAACCUCCUCCUUUUAUUGAAGUCGGUUAAUAAGAAGCGAACAAUGUUAAAAAGGUUGCAUACAAGUCAAGAACUAAAUAAAUAUAUCCAUAUUUCCGUUUAACACAGUAUAAGAACAAAUAUGAUGCUUAUUAAUUAUAAAAAAUAUUUAAAAUUUAGUAUAAAGUAUUACCAAUCGCUUUUCAUGGAACGUACAUUUUGUCAAUAUUUUUGUAAAAUGAAAAAGUACAGUUAUUUCUAAGUAAAUGUGCCUCUAUCAUAUUAACGUAGAAUUGAAAUGGAAAUAAAGCAGACGAGUCAUCACUGUAUAUUCUGUUUCAAUUAACAAUAAACCCAAACAAUAAAAUCACAAGGAUUUUUUUAUAUUAGCCAAGACAUCUGCAAUAUUUUCAUUUCAAAAACAUAGAUGCCAUAAUAAAAGGUAUAAGAUUACCAAAACUAGACGUACAACAAUGUGCCUGUAUUUACAAUGGUUCCGUACAAAAGGUGCUUAAUGGCUAUCUUCCAUUUUUAAUGUUAGAAAAUCUUACCUACUAGUCUUAUUUAUACUAGAAAACGCACUUCCCUCGCUUUUAUGGAUUAUAUGAUCGAAUUAUAACAGUAAUGGCACAAGAUAAAUGACUGUCCUAGGCCUUCAUAAUCAUCAUCAUCAGACCAUUGCAGUCCACUGCUGGGCAUAGACCUCUCCCAAAGUACGCCACACAGCCCAGCCCUAUCGUAUAAGCCGUCCCGCCAUCUAGCCAGUGGACAUCUCAGGAUACUUUUGCUGCCCUAAGCCCUGCUGGCAAGCAAAUUGACAGCAACUAAUGGGAUAGAAAAUACAGAGUCGGCAUAAUUGUGGCGACUGGCGAGGAUUAUAUUAUCUCUCGUCAGUCGAUGUUAUAGGAACCUUCACUUACCAUCCAUGGGGUCUCUUUGCAUUGUCCGUAUACAAAUCAAUAUCGUGGUUUUCAACAAAAAAUAUCGAAAAUUUCAAAUGGUAAAUCAAAAACACAAUCAGCUUUGUCCCAAGUCUGAAGGGAAGCAAAAAAGACUUAAAAUACAAAAGACUUGUCUCUGGGACAAUUUUAUUUUCAGACAAAUCUUAAAUUUCCAAAAAAAACUACAAACAUGACAGAUAAAGUAUUAAAUCGCACAUAACUAAUUUCCGUUAAAUAAAUCCAGUUAUAUUCGUUUAUAUUUUACAUUGAUUACAAUAAUUGUUAAAUAUUUAAAAACAUACGCCAUUUUCAAAAAUCGAACCGAAUCGCUGAUGUCAAAAAUGGACCAAUCAGAACAAAGUAUUUUUUUGACAAAACAAAUGAUUGAUUUUGAUUGGUUCAUUCUCGGAAUUGGAUUGAAGAUUGAGAUUGGGGUCGUUUAAAAACGGUUGUUAAUGAAAUCCCGAUUAACAAUAGUUGAUAAUUUCCUGCAGAAUGCCCGAUGUACACAAUACUGUUUCAACUUAUAGUCGGUGCCUUCAAAACAUUGUGAGAGAAGGUGAUAUUUUUGUCUUUAAAUGAAUAAAUGAUUAAUGUUUGUAAAUAUAUUAA